AUGUCUUUCUAUUUCAAUGCUAUCAAUCGAAACAAGCGGUCCAUCACGCUGGAUCUGAAGAAGCCGGAAGGCCGACAAGUGCUCCUCGAGCUAGCGAAGACUUCGGACGUUUUAAUCGAGAAUUUUGUUCCAGGCAAAGCGGAUGAGCUGGGCAUUGGUUACGAUGUCGUUUCGGAUAUUAACCAAGCUAUAAUAUAUGCCUCCAUCUCUGGCGAGCCUGGUCAACUCCCAGUCCGACCAGGGCUGGGGAUGGUUGACAUGUGUACCGGUCUGUACCUUCACGGGGCAAUUCUCGCUGCGUUGCAAGCUCGUUCCCAGACCGGCAAGGGCCAGAAGCUCGAUGCAUCCCUGUUCGAGACCCAGAUAUCGCUGCUCAUCAACAUUGGCGCCAAUUGGCUGAACAUGGGGCUUGAGGGCAAGCGUUUUGGCAACGCGCACCCAAGCAUUGCUCCAUACAAUACUUUCAAGACGAAGGAUGGUUACCUGGCAGUGGGAGCGAACAAUGAUCGCCAAUUCAAAGUUCUUGCUGAAAGAUUGGGGAAACCAGAGCUGUUGGAGGACCCAAGAUUCAAAACCAACACCACACGGGUGGAACACCGUGAGGCCAUCGACACCAUCGUGCAGGAUGUGCUCACAGAGAAGACGAUCGACGAAUGGAUGAAAAUCCUGGAAGGGAGUGGUUUGGCGCAUGGCCCUGUAAACACCAUCGAGCGAGCCUUUGCACAUCCGCAGAUUCAGGCCCGGAACAUGGUGGAAUCGAUACCGUGUGAGGAAGCAGCCAAUGGGGAGGUGAAGGUAAUUGGCGUGCCAGUAAAGUUUGGCGAAACUCCUGGCAAGAUUCGGACAAGGGCGCCAUUCCUAGGUGAGCACACAGAUGAAAUUCUGAGAGAAAUCGGAUACUCGGAUGGCGAGAUUGCUGGGUUGAGGGAGAAGGCAGUUGUAUAG